AUGCUGCCCCACGGGGUGGACACGCUCGUCAUCAUCUUGGGCGUGCUGCGGCAGGCCCUCCCCUUGCUGCCUUUGAGCAUCUCCCAUGGCAACAGGAAGCAGCUGCUGCAACGCUAUGAGGACGCGAUGAUGCUCUUUGAGCCCGUGGCCGCGAUCACGGACUCGGAGAUGGCCAGAGAGCUGCGGCAGUUCCGAGCUGAAGCUUCUUGUCGGGAACUGGCUUUCCGUUGCAGACCGUUGUUUGCCCAAAGCAAAAGCAGCCAAGCCACGCAGGAUGUGGAGACCACCACAGACCAUGCCUUGGCCUACAUCUUCACCAGCGGCUCCACAGGGAAGUCCAAGUGCGUGACCCUGACGAACCGCAUGGCCUGGGCGGAGUGCCAGUGGUACCCAGAGCUCUUCGAGAAGUUGGGGUACCGGGUGGAUCCGCGCAAGGACCGGUGGCGCCUGGACCACGAGAUGGGCUGGUGGGGCGCUGCCUUCUUUGGGGAGGUGGACGUUGCACUGGCCAUGGCCAUGCCCAUUGUGAUCAUGAAGCCCACGGACCCGGACUGGGCCAAGCAACAAGUCACCGUGUCCGGAGCCUUGCCCUCGCAGUGCAAGCCCACCGCAGCUGAAUGCAGGCGCUUUGCGGGCUUUCCCAGCGCCUUUUUGAGGUGA